GCAGGUGAAGGAUCUGGGAUACUGAUGAGAAUGUGACGUCGGCCCCAACCGUGAGCUCACCUAGGGUGAGUGGGCAAGUUAUUGCACCUAUAGCAGCUCGUCUUUCUCUCUCCUCCGCAUGGCAAGCCUGGACCGUCGCUUCGUGAAGCUCCUCAUAUGGGUCUAUGGCCCGACGCGUACCUCCUUGCCCGGCGGGAAAAUCCCGAAUGGGUCCAAGAUUGCCCAUGCUACGCAGUAAGCACGAGGAAUUCCGUGUCUUAGUGUCGUUGGGUAUCAUCAGAUGCAUGCAAGAAAGCUUUAUUAUAUGAAGGGUUCACUCCACCUACAUCGAAACUGUUCCCCAAGCUACCUUUGCUGUUCGGUUUUGCCUUCACGUGUCAAUUUGCCUUCCACAUCUGCGACGGACCUUCGAGGGAAGCGAUCAAGAUGGCGCGGCUUCCAAAGAUCACCAAUACCUACUUCAUGGCUAUUAUAGCCACUGUUGGAGGUAUGCUCUUCGGUUUCGAUAUCUCGUCGAUGUCUGCCAUCGUCAUUACCGACCAGUAUAUCAAUUAUUUCAACAAUCCGUCCGGCCUUAUUCAAGGCGCUAUCGGUUCUGCUCUCGCUGCUGGGUCUGUUAUUGGUAGUUUGAUGGCUGGUCCCAUUUCCGACAAAUGGGGUCGCCGAGACAGUAUCAUGUUUGCCUGCCUCUGGUGGUUGGCUGGAACCGCUGUGCAAGUUGCUACUAACGGAGUUGGCUCGCUGAUCGCUGGUCGUGUCUUGAACGGUGUCUGCGUUGGUAUCACUUCAUCUCAGGUCCCAGUCUAUCUCGCCGAGAUUGCCCCACGAGACUCUCGAGGUCGCAUUAUCGUCAUCCAGCAGCUGGCUAUCGAAUGGGGUAUUUUAAUCAUGUACUUCAUUGGUUACGGCUGUUCUAAGAUUGAGGGUACGGCGUCUUUCCGAACUGCAUGGGGAACACAAUUCAUCCCCUGUGUUGGGCUUAUGCUCGGUCUUCCGUUCCUCCCCAGAUCUCCGAGAUGGCUUGCCAAAGUCGGUCGCGAGGAGGAAGCAAUUCAAGUUCUCGCCGAUAUCCAAGCUGGUGGUAACAAGGACGACCCUGUUGUUGUUGCCGAAUGGGAAGAAAUAUUCACCGUCCUUAAUGCUGAGCGCGAGGCGGCUAAGGGAUGGAGGAAGUUCUUUUCCAACGGCAUGUGGAAACGAACUCUUGCCGGAAUGAGUGUACAGGCGUGGCAGCAAAUGAGCGGUGCCAAUGUUAUCGUAUACUACAUCGGAUAUGUCUUCCUGAUGGCUGAUCUUCAAGGCGAUAUUAACCUCAUUUCUUCCGGUAUCCAAUAUGCCCUCUUCAUCAUUUUCACUACCAUCAUGUUCUUUUUCAUCGAUAAAACUGGUCGUCGAUCGCUCCUUGUUUAUGGUUCGAUCGGUAUGGCUGUCUGCCACUUUGUUGUUGGUGGCUUGCUUGGCACUUACAGCGUUUCCGUCCCCGAGGGCGUCGGUGGCAACCAUAAUGUUGUCAUCAGAGUUACCGGUUCCCCCGCACAUGGUGUUAUCGCAUUCAGCUAUCUUCUGAUCAUCGUCUAUGCGCUUACCCUAGCCCCGGUCGCUUGGGUUUACGCAGCUGAAGUUUGGUCACUCGGAACACGAGCGACCGGUAUGUCGCUGGCCGCUGUAGCCAACUGGCUAUUCAACUUUGCCCUUGGUCUUUUCACCCCUCCGGCUUUCCUCAACAUUAAAUACAAGGUAUUCAUUAUCUUUGGAGUACUUUGCAUUGGCGCAGCCAUUCAGGCCUGGUUCACUUACCCUGAAACUUGCGGUAAGACCAUCGAAGAAAUCGAACUGCUGUUUGCCAAGGGGGCACUACCCGCGUGGCAGACUAAGAAGGGCGGUUCUCGUCUUGAAGCUGAAAUCGAAGCCGUGUUGAACCGUAAGGAGCAGGGCGAAGAUGUUCAUGCGGUCGUUCACGAAGAACUGGAGAAGACCGGAUCUGCGAAGGAAGUGCCUACACAGACAGCGUAAGAGGAUAACUUACAGUAAUGUUUAACAUUCUAGCUUAAUAAGCGUCGAGGGAAUAGUGAAUAAUUGGAGGCUUUUUUAGUUUGCGCCAUAAUCGAAUCGGAAGUAGAAUGCUAGAUUAUAUACCAUCUCAUGCAAAUAAAAGUGUAUCUUAUUAUAUUACGAGGUGUAUUAAAUUGUGAAUUUCUUAAAC